AUGCCGCGACUUUUUCGUCUAGACCUCGGAAGACAAACAUUUCUCUUUGUGUCCAGUAACUGGUCUGGGGUCUGUACAGGCAAGCAUGAUAGAUAUUUGCUUGAGGCAUGUUCCAGUGCAAUGGUACAUACCGUGUCUGGAUCGGAGAAACCGCGAACCGUUCAUGAUUAUGUGAUUAUCGGUGCUGGAUCGGCUGGUUGCGUCCUCGCUAAUCGGUUGUCUGCCCCGUUGAAAGGCCAAUCGACUCCGAGUCUCGGUUCAUCAUCCCCCACCGUGCAUCUGUUGGAAGCCGGUCCAACGGAUCGCGGAUUGACUCGUUGGACGAUUAGGAUGCCCGCUGCACUGAUGUACAAUUUAUACGACGAUAAUGUGUACUUUUGGUACCUGUUCCAUCAUAUUUCGUUGAAUGAAGCGGUCGAGGUAGCCAUUGCUUCUGAGCACGUUGGAGACUACGCCUUGUUAGGAGCCAAAUUCUCUUUACACCUGUCAAACAACUGCAAAAAAGCCGCCGACAACGGAUACCAAGGAUUCAAUGUCAGCCAUUGUUACAAAUUGGCCUUCAAAGCGGAGCUCUCCGAUCACUUCUAA